UGGGGAGGAGAAAGAGGAGAGAGUGAAAAGAAGUACAGAGAGCUACAGACACUGCAGGAGAGGAGGAAAGAGGGACAGACAUAAUAAACGGAUAAACAGACGGAGAGUGAAGGACUUUCAAAAUGGGUGAGCUUGGGUGAGGGGAAACAAACUCUGCUGCAUCCUGGACAAAGAGUGAGUGAGGGAGAAACGUGACAGGAGGAGGACUGAGAAGGGUGACAGAGGGGAGAGAAGAGUUAGACAGUGGGGAUAGUAAAAAAGAUUCUUGGACGGUUGACAAAAUAAGAGAUUUGCACUAUUCAAAACAUGACUGCAUGUAACAGCAACAGCUAACGCUGAUUCAGGUCAGUGGUUCCUGUUCGCUCUGUUAAAGGGGGAAGAAAAAGUGAAGAAAAGCAAACAAGGACAGGUAAUAACAAAGAAUGGUGACCGAUGAAAAAUAGGAAUUAUUUCAGAGCAUGUACAUGCUUUUCUGUUUCACUGUUGUAGCAGUAAGUUUGGAUUACUUUGAAUAGAGGGAGUGGGGAGAGAGGGAGAGGGAGACUCAAACACCAAAAAAGGUCUGGAGUCAGGGCUGGAGAAAUUGCAGGCUUGACAGAUGCUGCACACCCGUGGGGAGAGAAGAAUAAGGAGAGAGACAGACAGAGAGAGAGAAGGGGACUGACACACAAUGACAAGCAGGACAGCCACUGUAAACCCAGAGGUAGAGGAACAUUUCCAUUCUAAAUCCACCAUGGACACCAGGGUUUCACUGCAACUCUAAACCAAAGGGACCCCUCAGAUACCGGCUGUCAUGUCGACGGGCCCUGGCCUUGGUGCACCUGACCUGGCCGAGGGCCCCCCAACCAUUGGACCUGUUGGGCUCCAGACCCUGUUGGAUCUACUGGUGGGCGUCUACCAGGAGUUCUACUCUUCUCCCUUUGCAAGGGAGAAGUAUGUCUCUGGUUUCCUGCAAUGGGCUGAUCCCUUGGUGAGGCAGGUGAAGAGGACUCGCAUCAAAAGAGAAGACUUUCACAUCCUGAAGGUGAUUGGCCGAGGCACAUUCAGUGAGGUUGCCGUGGCAAGGAUACGAAGCACCCAACAAGUGUACGCUCUGAAGAUAAUGAAUAAGUGGGACAUGCUAAGGCGAGGAGAGACAGCAUGUUACCAGGAGGAGAGGGAGGUUCUGCUGAGGGGUGACAGACGCUGGAUCACAGAGUUGCACUAUGCCUUUCAGGAUGACAACUAUCUUUACCUGGUGAUGGAUUACUAUGUAGGGGGGGACCUGCUGACUCUGCUCAGUAAGUUUGGAGACCGGAUCCCUGAGGACAUGGCUCAGUUCUACCUGGCAGAGAUGGUCAUGGCCAUUGAUUGUGUGCACAGAUUGGGCUACGUACACAGAGACAUCAAACCUGACAACAUCCUGCUGACAGCUGAUGGACACAUCCGACUAGGGGACUUUGGUUCCUGUCUGAGGCUCCUAGAGGAUGGGAUGGUUCACUCGUCUCUAGCAGUUGGGACCCCUGACUAUUUGUCUCCAGAGAUUUUAAGGGCAGUGGAGGGAGGUGGAGGUUAUGGUCCUGAAUGUGACUGGUGGGCUCUGGGUAUCUGUGCUUAUGAGAUGCUGCUUGGGACCACACCUUUUUACGCAGAGUCCAUCUCUGAAACCUAUGCCAAGAUUAUCCACUUUCAGGAGUAUUUUGAGUUCCCCUCUUCUGGCCCUGAGAUUUCAGACAAGGCUCGUUCCUUCAUCACUGGGCUCAUCUGUGAGAGGGAAGUCCGUCUGGGAAAGAAAGGCUCCAGUGACUUCAGGAACAAUCUGUUCUUCUGUGGACUAGACUGGGGUUCCCUACAUAAACUCCCUGCCCCCUUCCUGCCUGAAGUAUCUGAUCCAACUGACACCUCCAACUUUGACAUUCUGGACGACUGUCUCAGUGAAAUGGAGACAUUGUCUGAUGUAAUGGACAGAGCUCCAGUAGGAAUACACUUGGCUUUUGUUGGAUACUCUUACACCGCUACCAGUCAGACGGGUGCCAUCGACCGCAGUCAAGACAUUAUGAUGCAGAUUGACCCCACAAGGCUGAGGGACUGCAAGAGCCUGUACACACCAGAUAAACUGAACCAACUGUGGCAGCUCACAGACACUCCACCAGACGACCUGCCUCCACUGCUAGAGUUCCCACUCACUCUGGAGCAAAGACCUACUGCAUCCACCCACACCACCGAGGAGGAGGAGGACACUGACCAAAUAUCAGGACUUGAUGAGGACUUGCAGAGACGGUUACAAGAAGCAGAGAGGAGAUAUUGUGAGCUGGAGAAAGAAAUGGAGCGACUGAAGGGGGAGAUGCAGGACUGGAGAGCCCCCAAGGAGACAGAGCUGAGUAUCUGCCCAGCAUCUCUUGCUCUGCCUGCCCACUGUGUGGACGCACCAGGGGAUAGGGAGAGAGUGCCCCCAGCCUGCCAUUACCCGCUGGUGAUUCCUCUCCACCGCCACCUGCUGCUGUUCCACAGGGUUCGCCUCCCACAGGUGAAGAGUGAGUCAUACCUGCUGGUGUGUGCAAAAGGGGGUGAGCUCCAAGCCUGGGAGAGACACUGUUGUACUGAGAUCUCUUAAAUGCCCCUCAAGGCGGCACACGCUGACUUCUCUCACUAUAACAGGACAAAGGACUGAGCCCCUGCUGUACACUCACUCCCUGCUCCACUCCCCAGCCUCCUAAACUUCCCAAGAUGAAGAAAUAGUAAGACUAAAACACUACUAAUGAGAAAUGCUGAGGGUACCAUUACUGUACGGGAUUUUCAAAAUGAUGAGAAAGGCAGGUCAGACUUCUGAGAGCUAUGAGGAAGAAAUUAUGAGGAUAUCUUCUGACCUACCUUGCUUGCUCACCAGACUAAAGAUGACAAUAGAGAUGUACUAAGGUCAGAGGCUGCACUAAUGUGUGACUGAUGAUGAUGUUUGAGUGACACAGAGGGGCCCAAAGAUCACUCUAUGCGCACACUAUCUUCUGGUCUAUUUGAAAAGUGUUCUGAGAUAACUUCUGUUAUGAAUUGGCACUAUACAAAUAAAACUGAAUUGAAUUGAAUUGGUAUCUUAGACCAUAUAAGUGCAUAUAGUUGUUCCAGGGAAUAUUUCUCUUGUGUAUCUGCACCUUGGGGUGGUUUGUGUUGCAAUACUAUAGGCAUGUUUUUGCUGUGCCUGAUUAUCAAGUAGUUAGUAUUAGUAUUCAAAAGGUUACUAAUAAUGACCAUGAUAUCUGUAUAUUAACUUAAGCCACACCACCACAGGCUACUCCAGGGUGAAAGGUGUGCUGUACUUGCUUGUAGUCACUCUUUAAUCUAUCUUACUACGGCUAUAUGAGCUCAAAAUAAUCAGAUUUUGCUGAUAGCACAGAUUUAAUUGCAAUAAUCGGAUCGAAAGGUUGCUGGAAUAACUACAUCAUGAUGCCGAUUUGAAAAAAGUAUUUGAAUUUUACUUUGUCAGGUUAGUCUGCAAGAUGACAAGACAACAACUUUUAAAAGGUUUUUUUUCUGAAUGGAGUUUAGAUUGAUCAACGAUAUGUUAACUGUUCAUAGUGAAGUAAAACCAAUGGCUGGAAUCAAGUAACAGACACGUAUUUAAAAACUCACCAUGUAGGCUAGUUUCCUCUUUUACUGUCCUCUGAGCAAAGUGACUGAGUUCUGUCUGGUCUCUGUAUAAAUAUGAGGUAGUAUUAAAGAGCUUUGGGUGCACACAGAGGGAUCAAGUGUGGGGGGUCACCUCCGUGGCUCACAGCAGACAGGUUGAGAAGAGAGAGUGAAUAUGAUUACACUUUUUAAUGCAAAGGUUUUAAAAUAAUAUCUCCUGUUGUCAGUAAACGUCUCCAUAAACGA